AUGCCUGACAUCACAUCUUUGCCCAUUCAUCCCCAGGAUGCAGACCCAACAAAAGAGGCAAUUCCAUCUCAUCCCCUAGGUGUCAAGCCAAGCGGGAACGCUUUGUUGGCCACCUGGAGCCUUCGCAAUGCUACUGGAACCUUUCAACAUCUACCAGAUGAGCUGAUUCUAGUGUUGCUGGAAUCUCUCGACGGGCCUAGUCUGCUCAGCUUUGGGCGAACGUGCAAGGCUUUUUAUGCAUUCACUCGCGCUGAAGAAUUGUGGAAGGCGCUGUUUGUUCGGACUCGUACUAAGCUCCAAUGCAGGAACCCAAGAGAUGAUUUUACCUGGCGUGGAACCUGGCGUUCGACAUAUCUGAACAUCCCUGCCUCCAAAACCCCGGUAGUGGAUUGCUCUCAGCUGUUCUCUGAUUCUCUAUACCGACCAUUCAACUGCGCACAUAUCUCAUUGAGCCCUUAUGUUUUCAAAAUUCCUGCACGGAACCAGAUACCUCGACUUCCAGACCUAUCACCCGAGGAGUUUCAAGCCAAAUGGACCGACAAGCCUUUUAUCUUGACUGAACCCGUUAAAGCCUGGCCAGCAUACAAGAACUGGUCAGUCGGUUCAUUGCUUGCAAAGUAUGGUCCGACCAAGUUCCGUGCAGAAGCCGUGGAUUGGGCAAUGCGCACUUAUGGCGACUACAUGGCGGACAACUCCGAUGAGAGCCCGCUCUACCUAUUCGACCGUUCCUUCGUUUCCAAAAUGGGGCUUUCAGUCGGAUCUCCCGAGACUACACCAGAUGCAUCUUACUGGCCACCAUCUUGCUUCGCCGAAGAUUUCUUCUCCGUGCUCGGAGAUGACCGCCCCGAUCACCAAUGGUUGAUCAUAGGACCCGAGAGGUCUGGCAGCAAAUUUCAUAAAGACCCAAAUGCCACCAGCGCCUGGAAUGCUGUGCUACGUGGGCCGAAGUAUUGGAUCAUGUUUCCCUCUGGCACAAAACAGGCCCCUCCCCCGGGUGUGUUUGUGUCGGAUGAUCAGAGCGAAGUGACUUCACCACUGAGCAUCGCCGAAUGGCUACUAGGAUUCCACGCCGAGGCACGGAGGACUCCGGGCUGCGUUGAAGGUAUCUGUGGCGAGGGUGAGAUUCUACACGUUCCCUCUGGGUGGUGGCAUUUGGUGGUCAAUCUUGAGCCGUCGAUCGCUAUCACGCAGAACUUCAUUCCUCGGGGUCAUUUAGGUGCUGCCUUGGAUUUCCUGUCCAAUAAGCCAGAUCAAGUAUCUGGGUUCAAAAAAAAUGUGGUCAAUCCACUUGAUCGAUUUGUGACCGGCAUGCGCGAGUCUUAUCCCGAGCUCUUGGAACAGGCCUGGCAGGAGCUACAGCAAAAGAAUGAUAGCAAGAAGCGCAAAUGGGAGGAUAUCGUUCAUGGCAAGACAGAGGACACGCCGGAUGGACAAGAAACGGCAGGUGGGUUCAGUUUUGGAUUCGGAGACGACGGGAGUGAUAUUGAAGUCCCAUGA